CCCAACUUGUUAAACCCACAAUAUUCAAAUACGAAAAAAAGGAGAAAAUUAUAUAUUAAAAAAAAAAAGGAAAAAGAGCAAAAACAAAUUAGAGCAAAGCACAACUUUGAAGGUCGAGAUUGAUCAUCCAUCUUCUCCAAGAUGAAGGGCAUGGAUUUGUUCUGUGCGUCUCCGGCUUCCACAGCGAUAUGCACUGGCUCCAACCCACGAUCCAUGAUUCGCAGCCAUGGUGGAACUGGAAGGCCCGUCCACCGCCACAGUCCUCACCACCGCCACCAUCAUGGCCACCUCCCUAGAAGAAGCCAAUCCCAUGUCCCGUGUUCAUCCCAACUAAUGCCUAUUGUCCCCCGGCCUUACUGCGAGAAACCUCGAGCCAGCAGUUCCAAGCAAAUCGCUGGCGAUGCCUGUCGGAAGAGCUCGGCAGAUAUUUAUGACCUCAAAAGUCCCUCAGGGUCAUCAAGGUUCCUAUUAAGCGAUGUGGCAUUUUCUGAUUUGAUGUCUGAUGAGCCGUCGGACCGCAACAAUCUAUUGUCACUAGUUCCAGCAGGGCAAACGACCAUGAACCCCAGGCACACGGUUUCAAGCGCUGAGUCUCCGUCCCUAAAGCUGUCUCAGAAACCGACCGUAAAGCCUAGGCUCUCAGUUUCGAGCUCUGAAUCACCGUCCCUAAGAUCGUCUCAAUCGACCCGGGCACGUGACCAAGUCGUGGUUCUAAGGGUGUCCCUGCAUUGCAAGGGCUGUGAGAGCAAGCUGAGAAAGCAUUUAGCCAAAAUGGAAGGAGUGACAUCAUACGGCAUAGACAUGGAGACCAAGAAAGUGACCAUAAGAGGGGAUAUAACCCCUUUAGGCAUUCUGUCGAGCGUGUCCCGGGUAAAGUACGCACAGCUCUGGUCGUCUCCGAGUUCUUCAUCGACUGUGCGGUCUCCCUCAUGGUCAGCUUGAUCGACGAUGCCUAGUCCCUGAUAUUAAUAAGCAGCUGUGUACGUAGUUUGCGGUUUUCAAUAACUACUUUCUAAAUUUGAGGAAAGACUCUGGUCAUGUCUGCCUGUAUCAUGUCAUCAUAUAAGUUAUUACUAGAUGUUGAUUAUCGACCAGUCUCUAGUACAUGUAUGUUUUGUAAAUCUGAAGAAUGAAUCUGGGUCAUGUCUAGCUAGGAAUGGAUCUCUUUCAAGCUCUGUCAAAAUGAUUCAUGCAAAUCUGUGUGAAUAGGUGCUCAACCUCAGUUCCUAGCCGCAAACAUGUAUUGUCUAGUCCAGAUGGACGUGCAACAAGACUACAAUAAAACGACCAACAGCGAUAUACACUCUGGUCGAGUGCCGACUUGCCGUAGCAUCUUUGACUUGCCUUGGAUCGUAAUAUGGAUUGCAAUACAUACCAAUUCGGACGUGUUGUCCGGCCAAUUAUAGGUUUGAAUACACAGUCAUGAUUGGAAUUUCCCAAGAGCGUGCGAAUGCAUAUGUUAGUGCAAGAUACCUUGAUGUGCACUGAUCAGAGGCCCACAGAACAUGGAUUUUGUGGUAAUUAGAAGAGAGACAUAUUGGACGUGAGUGCUUUCUCUGUGUCACUUGGGGCGUGCCUAUGAGCUCCAUGAUGACUUCCUCACUUUGUUCCCUCUGUUGGAACUAACUUCCAUCCAUCUGUAUUCUACCAUCCCUCCACUUGUUCUUCCCUUGCAAUACAUAGAGGGAAAACAUAUAUCCAUAUACAUGCAUAUAUAGAUAAUAUAUAUCAAUUAGUUAA